AUGGUGUUAUUGGUGACGAAUUUUCAAAAGCUGGAGCGAGAAGCAAGAAUAUGCAGGAAACUUCAACACCCAAAUAUUGUAAGACUACAUGACAGUAUACAGGAGGAAAAUUUUCACUACCUCGUAUUCGACUUAGUUACCGGUGGCGAGCUUUUCGAGGACAUUGUCGCGCGAGAAUUUUACAGUGAAGCCGAUGCUUCUCAUUGUAUCCAACAAAUCUUGGAAAGUGUUCAUCACUGCCACCACAAUGGCGUUGUGCACAGAGAUCUCAAGCCCGAAAAUCUCCUUUUGGCAAGUAAGGCAAAGGGAGCGGCUGUUAAGUUGGCAGAUUUUGGAUUGGCGAUAGAGGUACAAGGUGACACACAGGCAUGGUAUGGUAAGUACCACUAUACGCGUUUAAUAUAA